UAACUUGCCGUGGUGUCCCUCCUCGCCUCGAUCGUGCGCGCGUGUGGGCGUGGCCGCUAUAUAUCCGCGCGCGCACUGGCCAUCGCUUUCUCGCUACACCUUUGUUAACCAACCGCACUGCCGCCGUCCCCGUCUGCCUCCGGCCAGCAGCCAUGGCGAGGGGUUCCAUGGCCGCGGUGCUCGCCGUCCUGGCCGUGGCGGCGCUCCGGUGCGCGCCGGCCGCCGCGGAGCUCCCGCUGGUGGAGCACCCGGCCAAGAACGACGGGUCGCUCAGCCUGCUCGUCGUCGGGGACUGGGGCCGCAACGGCACCUACAACCAAUCCAGGGUCGCGGAGCAGAUGGGGAAGGUCGGGGAGAGGCUGGACAUCGACUUCGUGGUCUCCACCGGCGACAACUUUUACGAGAAUGGCCUCACCGGCGUCCAUGACCAGCAGUUUGAAGAAUCCUUCACCAAUAUCUACACCGCCCAGAGCUUGCAGAAGCCGUGGUACCUCGUUCUCGGAAACCAUGACUACCGGGGCGAUGCGCUCGCACAGCUUGACCCGGUCAUGCGCAAGCUCGAUGAGAGAUUCGUUUGCAUGAGAUCAUUUCUUGUCAAUGCAGAGAUCGUGGAGUUCUUCUUCAUCGACACCACUCCAUUCCAACUCAAGUACUGGACUCACCCCAAAGACAGUCACUACGACUGGAGAGGAGUGGCGCCUCGAAAGGACUACAUAGCUAAUCUGCUGAAGGAUUUGGAUGAGGCAAUGAAGAAAUCAACUGCAAAGUGGAAGAUUGCUAUUGGGCAUCAUACCAUGAGGAGUGUCAGUGACCAUGGGGACACCGAGGAGCUCCUGCAAUUGCUUCUUCCAGUCCUCAAGGUUAACGGCAUCGACUUCUACAUCAAUGGGCACGACCACUGCCUGGAACACAUUAGCAGCAGAGACAGUCCAAUCCAAUACUUCACUAGCGGAGGCGGUUCAAAAGCAUGGAGGGGAGUCUACCAGCCAAAUGAUGAUAAGAUCCAGUUCUUUUAUGAUGGGCAAGGGUUCAUGUCCCUCCAGCUAAACCAGGACCAAGCUGACUUCAUCUUUUAUGAUGUUUCUGGGAAAGUCUUGUACGAGUUUACCUCGCACAAAACAAACCACUUCCAGCCCUCCAUCUAUGUCACUGCAGAAUGAGGGAGAUGCAGAUCAUGGCAGGAGAAUUAGUUUGGUAGCGCUAUUUGUGAAAAAAAUUGAAUGUGCCACUGUGGUAACAGUGGUAAAGGUAAUAGAUUGGUAUUAAGUAUGGUGCGUGGUUCAGCGCUGAAGAAAUAUUAAACUGGCUGUGAAUUAUCUACAAUAAAGGAGCAGAGAUGCUCAGUAUGGUGUC